CUUCUUCCUUAUUUCCUUUUUCUUCAAAUUUUGUUUGCUUUACUUUGAAAGCUUUACGUAAUGUCCUCUCCAUUACCCGCUAAUGCCAAGCAGCAUUACAGAGAAAAUGGCAAUGGCGAGCCCAACUGGACAGCUGAAGAUGGUCCAUCCGGUUCGUUCAAUCGAGCCGCUUCGAUUGCCAUGUUAGGUUCCAGUCCUGCUCCCCCUAACAUGCGGUACAGCUCUUCACCUAAGGGCAGUAUUGGUGGAAUGUCGGCCCAUACUUACGGGAGUACUGAUCUCGACCAUGUCAUGACCAAUGCCAGUGGUGGUCUUUUUCGGCCCUUGUCGACCCCGACAUACAACUACGAAGAUAAUACAAUUUCCGCCGACUUGCCGGAAGAUCAGAUUGCACGGGUGGUCAAACGCCAUCUCAUUGAUACAUCACCGGCGACGUCUGUAUUGAGUUCAUCUCCAAAACGCAGUAUAUAUCAGCCAGAGGAUACUGACGACGACGGAGGACAAGUGCGUUCCGUGCAUCAACUCCCUGGUGGGGCGAUCACGCAUGAUAUCUAUAAAUGGACCGAAGGCGUAGAACAGGAACAACUGGCAAGACGUCAGCGAUCACAAUCCGUAUAUAUUCCACGUCAGGAACCUUCCGACCCUGCGUUGGCUAGAUUGAAGGAUCCCGGAGGCUUCCGACGUCAUUUUGUGGUGGAUAAAGCCGCACGUGAAGGACGUAAACCGCCCAAUUGGAUGACACGCACCUUCGUUGAUUUCUUGGCACUUUACGGUCACUUUGGUGGCGAAGAUUUGAGUGAUGAUGAGGAUGAAAAUAUGGACGAGGACGAUUUUAUGGAAGGCGGUCUACGGUAUCGACAUCGUCGUCGAAGAUCAUCGGAGGAAGGAGGAGGAGACAGUGACGAAGAUGAAGCCUCGCCCUUGAUCCGUCGAGCUCAAGCCAACGCUGUCCAAGGCACUGCCACUCCAGCCAAGGCGGUGUUUCUCCUUUUGAAAUCCUUUGUAGGCACAGGUGUCAUGUUCCUUCCAAAAGCGUUUUACAAUGGUGGCCUCUUCUUUUCCACGACAUUACUGACCGCCAUUGCAUGUAUAUCUCUUUAUGCAUUUCUGUUAUUGGUCGAAACGCGCAACAAAGUGCCUGUUUCCUUUGGUGAUAUUGGCGGCAUCUUGUUUGGAAGGUUUAUGCGAAUGGCGGUUUUGAUAGCGAUUACGUUCUCACAGAUCGGAUUUGUGUGUGCUUACAUGGUAUUUGUUGCACAAAACGUACAAGCAUUGAUCGAAUCCAUAUUCCAAUGCGAGCUAAGGAUUCCAUUGGCUUAUCUGAUUGUGGCCCAAAUUGCCAUUUUCGUUCCUUUGGCCAUGAUUCGCAAAAUCCAAAAAUUGUCGUCUUUUGCCCUCAUUGCCGAUCUGUUCAUCCUCAUCGGUCUCGUCUAUUUAUAUUAUUUUGACAUCUUUACCCUAUCCACUCACGGCGUGGCGGAUGUCGAAUGGGUCAUCAAUAGUAAAUCGUUCCCGAUGUUUAUCGGUACCGCUGUAUUCACAUAUGAAGGCGUGGGUCUUGUCAUUCCAAUCACGGAAUCAAUGGCGGAACCCAAGAAAUUCCCCAAGGUGUUGUCGGGAACCAUGGUAUUUAUUACGGUGAUUUUCCUGUCGGUGGGCUUUGUGUCGUACCUUGCUUUUGGCAGCAAAGUGCAAACGGUCAUCUUGCUCAAUAUGCCUGACACGCCGAUGGUGAAUACAGUGCAGGCUUUGUACGCCAUGGCGAUUUGUCUGUCGAUUCCUCUGCAGUUGUUCCCGGCCAUUCGUAUUGCAGAGAAUGCCUUGUUUACCCGAUCAGGGAAACAUAAUCCUAUCGUCAAGUGGCAGAAAAAUGGAUUCCGUUUCGCCGCCGUGCUUGUGUGUUCGUUGAUCGCGAUUGCGGGGUCGGGCGAUCUCGACAAAUUCGUGUCACUGGUUGGUUCCUUGUGUUGUGUGCCUCUCUGUUUCCUCUUCCCGCCCUUGUUCCAUUUGAAAGCCAUUGCACGUACUUGGAAACAAAAAGCCAUCGACAUUGCCAUUCUUUUGUUCGGUAUCUUAUCCAUGACCUACACCACUGGCAUCACCAUUGCUUUGUGGUCCCAAGGAGGUGAAGCCGCUCCCAUUUCACGCUGCACUCCCAAUGGCCAUUGAAAAAUGCGUUCCACACAUUAAGAAAAUUAUCCUCCUCCCCCCAUAGCCCAUUUUCUCUAAUAAAAAUAUAACUCCUCCAUGCAAAACUUCUCA